AUGUACAAUACGGUGUGGAGUAUGGACCGCGAUGACGCAGACUGGAGGGAGGUGAUGAUGCCCUAUUCGACAGAACUGAUAUUUUAUAUUGAAAUGGAUCCUCCAGCUCUUCCACCAAAGCCACCUAAGCCAAUGACUUCAGCCAUUACAAAUGGAAUAAAGGACAGUUCUGUUUCUCUUCAGGAUGCAGAAUGGUACUGGGGGGAUAUUUCAAGGGAGGAGGUAAAUGACAAAUUACGGGACAUGCCAGAUGGUACCUUCUUGGUCAGAGAUGCCUCAACCAAAAUGCAGGGAGAUUACACUUUGACCUUGCGGAAGGGAGGCAAUAAUAAGCUAAUAAAGAUUUAUCAUCGAGAUGGUAAAUAUGGCUUUUCUGAUCCUCUGACAUUUAAUUCUGUGGUGGAGCUCAUUAGCCACUAUCAUCAUGAAUCUCUUGCCCAGUACAAUCCCAAACUUGAUGUGAAACUGAUGUACCCAGUGUCCAGAUACCAACAGGAUCAGUUGGUAAAAGAAGAUAAUAUUGAUGCCGUCGGUAAAAAACUGCAGGAGUAUCACUCUCAGUAUCAGGAAAAGAGUAAAGAAUAUGACAGACUAUAUGAAGAAUAUACCAGAACAUCCCAGGAAAUACAGAUGAAGAGGACUGCAAUUGAAGCUUUUAAUGAAACAAUUAAAAUAUUUGAAGAGCAGUGUCAUACACAAGAACAACAUAGCAAAGAAUAUAUUGAGCGAUUUCGAAAAGAAGGGAAUGAAAAGGAAAUUGAACGAAUUAUGAUGAAUUAUGACAAGUUGAAAUCACGUCUGGGUGAGAUUCAUGAUAGCAAAAUGCGUCUUGAACAGGAUUUGAAGAAACAAGCUUUGGAUAACCGAGAAAUAGACAAAAAAAUGAAUAGUAUCAAACCUGACCUGAUCCAGCUGCGCAAGAUCAGAGAUCAGCACCUUGUGUGGCUCAAUCACAAAGGAGUGAGACAGAAGCGCCUAAAUGCCUGGCUGGGAAUCAAGAAUGAGGAUGUUGAUGAGACCUAUUUUAUCAAUGAGGAAGAUGAAAACCUGCCCCAUUAUGAUGAGAAAACCUGGUUUGUUGAGGAUAUCAACCGAGUACAAGCAGAGGACUUGCUUUAUGGGAAACCUGACGGUGCAUUCUUAAUCCGUGAGAGUAGCAAGAAAGGAUGUUAUGCUUGCUCUGUGGUCGCCGACGGAGAGGUGAAGCACUGCGUCAUCUACAGCACUGCUCGGGGCUACGGCUUCGCAGAGCCCUACAACCUGUACAGCUCCCUGAAGGAGCUGGUGCUCCACUACCAGCAGACGUCCCUCGUGCAGCACAACGACUCUCUCAACGUCAGGCUCGCCUACCCUGUCCACGCACAGAUGCCCUCACUCUGCAGAUAAAGAGGGAGCAGAGGCUCUCUCGCAAACUUUUUCUACAGUUUUUAUUAGACUAUGAGGGCAUU